GGAGCAGCCUGGGUCUGCCCAUGUAGCUGAAGGGCCCCCACGCUGGGACCACAGGAUGUCCGUGCCCUGACUCUACCAUCACUGGCUUUCCAGAUGAAGAAGCUGGAGGAGGACCUUAAAAAGCUGAGGGAGGAUGCAGCCAAGUGGAAAGAAGAGAGCAGCAAUGAGAUCUCUCAGCAAAUUGAGGCUUUGCGUCAGGACACAAAACGUGAGCUGCAGAAGAUGGGAGAGCAGCAGGAGAUGCGAUAUACCCCGCAGGAGCAGCUGGUGACUGAGACAGCCAACCAAGUGAACGAGCAGUUUGGCAAUACAGGAGAGGCAAUUCUGAGCCUACUGGAGGAGCUGGAGGAUGGGAAUGGAGACUGCUCCAGUUGCACCCUCAAAAUCAGGGCAUAUUUGGGGAAGCUCCUCCUGCGCUACGAGAAACUCCAGGAGAAGGUGGAAUCCCUGGAGUCCCGGCAGAUGCCCAGGGGAAAGCUCAAGAAAAUGAUGAAGAAUUGGGGACAGCUGGAGAAUGACCAUGAGCGGCUGCACUACAUGGAGGAAACACUUGUACAGAUGAAAGAAGACUGUGAGAAGCUCAGCUUUGUUUCUGGGAGCCUGCAGAAAGACGCUGAACAAAAGCAGAAAGCAAUCAAGAUGCUGUUCCAGUCUCUGGAGAAGGUGCAGAAAGAGAAAACAGAUGAGCAGGACGUGAUGGCAGCAAUGGACAUGAAGGCGGACAAAGCUGCCCUGGGCAGCAAAGUCAACUGCAGCCAAUUUGAAGCUCAUAUGGAGCGUCUGGAUAAGAGGAUGCAGGAAUUGCAGAGCCAGAUUUCGGGCCAGGAGGAGCACUGGAACAAUAUGCAGCAGCAGCUCAGCAGUGUGGUGGAAGAAAAGCUGGAUCGCCUGGAGCUGAAGGCUUUCAGCUCCCAGAUGGAGGAGACGUGGAACAGGAACAUGGAGGAACUUGAGAACAGGCUGUUGUGUGACAGUGCUGCUGGGAUUAAGAAGCAGCUGCCAGUCCCUUUCUCGUGCCUGUCCUGUGACCGCAUGCUCACCGUGCAGGUCCCUGGCCAGUACCCCGAGACACUCCCGUAUUUGCCGCCGCUGCCCCCCAGCAAGGAGCCACCGCCCAGCCAAAGGAGGCCGGUGGCCCAUGGCAGUGUCCCCCGUGUGCCACAGCGCUCUGGGGACCGUCAGAGCAGCAGUUUCAAACUGCCCCCCAUUCAGCAUUCUCUUCGGAACAAGGCAUUUCCGCAGGGACCCGUCACCCUUCCCAACAAGCCCAGAGUGAGCCAGCUGCUGGGCAGGGGUGGACACAUCCCGAGGGGCUGCAAUGACCAGCUUCCUGUGCUGACCAGGACACUGGAUGAGCCAGGCCCUGCCACCUCCCGGGACCACCGGCCAGGCACUGCCCCCCGACACGUCUCCAGGGCACCAGGGCUCCUCCUGCCAGCCCAGCCCCGUCACACUUCCACAGCCCUCAAGUAGCCGGGCAGGACUGGGAACCCAGUGCUCCACCAGGGACGUUUUCUCAGCAGACAGAGAAGUCUGCCACAAUUGUUUUCUGUUAAAUCAUUUUUCGUUUCAUUAAUAAAAGUCUUCUGAAAGACAA